UGAGAAUAUGCUGCAGUGCUCAUAUCUAGCAGAGUAACAAACUGCAUAUCCUCUCUUACUGCUACAAUGGAUAUUUACUGUGUGGGUAAUGUACUUACUGAUGAUCUUGGCUAGUGAACAGCUGAAUCAGUAACUGGUGCAAAGAAAACUAAAGGGAGAUCAAGAGAGAGAAGUAAAGGGGGAGUGUACCACAACAGCAGGAUGGGAAUGGAAGAAAUAGGUUGGGUAAGAAAUACAAGACACCUGUGUGAUGAUACCUUUUGAAUAAUAUAGGGCAGGAGCACUCAAGCCAAAGGAAACAAGAGCCAAGUAAGCAGAACUUACUGAGUCAUUUGCAAGGUGUUCAGCAAUGUCACUAGAGUGUUUUGUUUCCUAAGUCCUGCAGUACCAGCCUUACUGGAACAAAAACACAUAACUCUGUAUUAUCUCUUCCCCUCAAGGCUAAAGAGAAAUGGAAAUAGAACAAACAAGGCUUGUUAUUUGUUGAUCAUCUACAAUAAGUCAUUCUCAAGAUUUGGGUUUAUUUAGGGGGAGUUUUUAAAUCAUAUUAAGUUAAAGACUUGAAGGUUAGUAGUUUUCCUGUCUCUUCUGGAGUUGCCUGCAGUUCCUGCACAGAGAAGGAGGGCAGCCAUGGUGCAUAUCCCAGAUGAUGCAGAUUUUAACUCAUUCAGGGAGCAGUGUGAGAAUACUGAGGGCUGGCACUGUCAGUAUAACAAGGGGGGAGUUACGGUGUGGAGUGAUGAGCAAGACAGCAGUAAAGCUGUGAAAAAGAUUAAGAUGCGUAUUGUCUGCAAAGAUGUCUCUGCUGAAACGCUUUAUGAUGUUCUUCAUGAUACAAGUUAUCGCAAGAAAUGGGAUACCAAUAUGAUUGAAACCUUUGACAUUGGACGACUGACCGUGAACGUUGAUGUGGGAUACUACUCUUGGAAGUGUCCAAGUCCACUUAAGAACAGAGACUUUGUAACAUUGCGAUCUUGGCUACCCCUUGGAAAUGAUUAUAUGAUAAUAAAUUACUCUGUAAAGCACCCGAAACAUCCGCCUCGCAAAGACUAUGUACGAGCAGUAUCUUUACAAACAGGAUAUCUUAUAAAAGCCAAUGGAUCAAACAGUUGUGUUCUCUACUAUCUAACUCAAGUCGAUCCAAAAGGUUCCUUACCAAAGUGGGUAGUGAACAAAGCCUCCCAGUUUGUAGCCCCUAAGGCUAUGAAGAAAAUAUACAAGGCUGGAGUAAAGUACCCGGAAUGGAAACGUAAGCAUGAACCAGGUUACAAGCCUUGGGUUUAUCCAGAACAAAACACAUUACCUACUGUGAACUUGGCGGACUUGACAAUUCAGAGAACUGAUGAGCUUGAAAAUAUAGAUGAGAGUGGAGUUUCUGAGGACCGCAUGCAUAUCAGUGAUGAAGAAGAUGGGUUUUCUAAGGAAUCAUAGUGAAAAAAAUGUAUAAACCAUGAUGCUUUUUUUUCACGGCACAUAAGCUAUUAAUAGCAUUUUACACAUUUUCAAUUUGCUCUUCCACCGGUUUGAUUAGCCUUGCCUUAGGAUAACCUCAUUAUCUUUGUAACUUGCAGACUUUCUAACGUACAUAUACCACGUGCUUGACAGUAUUGAUGACCACAGCUUAAUCAGGUUAAUUUGGAAUCAGGUUAAUUUGGAAACUAGAGGAGGGUGACUCACCAGCUCAGUUUUCAUAUCAAUGUUUGAGACAUCCAAGCUCUUAUUGUCAUUUACUAUAACCACAAAUCUAGUACAAAGCACAACUAGCGGUGACAUUAAACUUGGAAAAAAUGUAAACCAUAUCACUAUAUACAUCAUUAUUUAUUUUAUUUUGAAAAAUUGUUUGAAAAAUUGUGCUCGUUCCAUAUCCUCCAGAGAAAUUGGAGUGUCUCUGUAAUCCUUAAGAACAGUGAAAUACUAUUGACCAUCCAACAUUCAACACAGUGUUUGCUUAAAUUAGAGCAACAUCUCUUUUAAAAGGACACUGUGUUGUAGUAAAGUAUCAAAAUGAUUAGAAACUGCUCAUUUAGGAUUAUGCAUACAAUUGGAUUAGCUGGCUUGCUCUUGAAAGCCACCUCCCAUAAUGAAAAUUUCAAUGCAUGACGAUAAGCCUUUGUGUGGGGGGAGGGGGAAGAGAUAAGAUAAACAGGUUUUGCUCUUCCUAUAGGCUCAAUGAAUCAAUCAAGGAGCUGCUAAAAACAUAAAACUUUAUUUCCAAAACUAAAAAUUGAAUACACAACUAGAACAACCAAGCAUGGUUAAUCUCCUUCCUACAAGCUCGGCCUAUUUAGGUGGCCAUCUACUUAUAUUAGUGGGAGGGUAAUGUAUAGUAUUUAAAGUUUCAUUUUUUUCUGCUGGUGUUCUCUGUUUAGUUUUAAGCAUAGAAAUAAAGUGUUUGCAGUUCUAUUUCGCUAAAA